AUGGAAAACUCCCAAACUCCCACUGCAGCUCACGACGGAUACGGGUAUGGAUCAGAUUUGAAGACAGACCGUGAGGACUCAUAUCUAACGAUUUAUCACAGUAGUGGCAAUGGAGAUCAGACUACGCCUCGUCCUGUUUUUGAGACGCUCAACUCGACACCCGAACCGAAUCCGUUACUCUCUGAAAACCAAGGUGACGACAAGAAAAAGGGCCCCUACUCUGAUCUUCCCGAGCCUAUCGAGGUUAUCCCCGUUCAACCAACCAGUGAUGUCCCCGAGCAGACGAGUGAGGCUCAAGAUUCAACCCAAGAGCCUGGAAACAAGCCAACUUUCACGCAGAACCCUUCUGCACCUGUUCUCACAACCUCAAUCGUGCCCAAGGACCCUACCACGGUGGCUGAGAAGCCCACCUCGGCUGAACAAUCAGACUAUAAGCCUCCCAAGGAUACUGCAGUUGUCUCUGAGACUGCCCCAGUUACCAAAGAGGUUCCCACCUCUGCAAACGAGGCACCGACAUCCGAACCUGUUAACGAUGCUACAACUGUAGUCCCCGAGGUCCCUACGACCGAAGCAGCUCAGAAGCCAGAGAACACAGGUACUCAGAGUCUGUCCUCUACUCUUGACCUUGGUACACUUCAACCUUCAGAUGGGGAGAAGACUAAGCCAAGCGCCGUUGAAGAGACCACGACCCCUGAGGCGCCCUCUGCUCCCGCUACAACAGCUCCAGGAAACGAGCAACCUACCUCUGCUGUUGGAGAAGAGACAACUACCUUUGCGUACCAACCGACUCCUACUGGUUAUCUUACAACCAAGGCGCCUUCGGAUACAGCUUUCCCAGUCAAUCCUAAACACCCUACUCAAGUGUACCCCAAGCCUUCUACCACAUCUGAAGGCCCUCUGGAGGAGACUUCCACCCCUGAGUCGGAGUCUCCUGCGGGCACAACUCGGAUUGUGUCUGUAGUUGAGCCUGAGGGACCCCAGUCCCAAACGACAUCUGAUGCACAAAGUCAGCCUGUUCCCACUUCAGAGGCUGCUCAACCUGAGACCCAAGCCCCAGUCUCCGAACCUGCUCAGCCUAACAAUCCUGCUCCCACCUCUGAAGUUCAAAAGUCUUAUGUUCCUGUGCAAAACCCUAGUGGUCAACAGCCUGAUACCCCCGCUGCUACUACUGCACUGGCUCAGCCUCAAAACCCUGUCCCUACUUCACAACCUGCUCAGUCCCAGCCUGGUGUGCCGGCUUCAACUGCUCCCUCCCAGCCCCAGAGUCCAAUUCCUACUUCGGAGCCAGCUCAAGCUCAGCCAGAGACCCCAGUCACAUCCCAGGUCCAACAGCCUGAGGCACCCUCAGUCACUUCAGCAGUUCAGCAGCCAACAUCUGUCCCUUCGAAUGGUCAGCCCCAAUAUCCUGCACCUGACUCCAAUACCCAGCCUGCAGUUCCCGCUGCACCACCUACCAGCACCGUCCUUGUAUCUGACCCCUCAGCCCCUGAGAUGACUUCAGCGCCUAAGGUAGUCCCCUCGGGAACAUCAGCCAGCGGCGUUCCAACCAUCAACCCUGGUGUUCCCACAGGAACCAGUGCCAUUCCUGCUUCUGCGUACGCCAGCAACGUCGUCGAUGCUCGCACAUACAACGAGGAAUUUGCCAAACUCACACCCGAGUCUUCUUGUAUGAAGGGCCAGGCUGCUUGUAUUAACGGACAAACCGGUGUAUGUGAUGAUACUGGCAAGUUCCAGCUCACACCUUGCAAUACCAAAGGCGAGAAGUGCUUCGCUCUUCCUCUGUACAACUUUGAGGGUGGCAUCAAGAUUGUUUGUGAAGAUCCUGCGACUGCUGCCAAGAUUCUUGGUGGAACUCCGAGCAGUGGUGAGGACAACACUGUUCCCGGAAAUGGAAAUGGAGGCAAGGAGCAGCCUGCAACUACAUCAGCUGCCGAGAAGCCUUCGGUUCCUGUCGUUACUGUUACGACUAUAGUUACUGUCGAUGACGGCGCAACCCCUGAACCAACUGGAGAGCCUGCUGCAGAUCAACCUUCUCAGCCUGCUCAACAGCCAUCGCAGCCAACUCAACCUGCCAAUGGACAAACUUCACAGCCUGGCUAUCAGCAACCUUCGCAACCACAGCCUGUGCCUGAGCAGCCUACACAGCCCGCCCCUGAACAGACAAGUCAGUCAGCUCCAGAGGAACCUUCUCAACCUCAACCUUUGCCGGAGAAGUCCACUCAGCCUGUCGCUGAGCAACCUAGUCAACCAGCUCAGACUCAACCAGCCGAGGCACAGCCAUCCCAACCAUCAGAGGAGAAACCUAGUCAGACAAACCCCGCGGAGCCUUCCAAUCCUCAGCCAACAAAGGCCUAUGAAGACCUCCCUCCCACUUCUGCCCCCGUCGCUGAGCGAAGCACCACAUCUGUUCCUCUCCCUGGUGGCACAACUUUGACCAAGUCCAUCAAGAAGCCUGAUGAAGCUAAGCCCACAGGCUCACCAAACGAUGAUGAUAACAAAGAAAAAGACGGCAACGACAAGGGUAAAGAUGGUUAUGAUGACGAUGACAAGCCCACAUCCGUGGUCCUCAUCCCCAUUCCCGACAAGCCUACGGAUGCCCCGUCUCCAGCUGCUACAGAAGCAAAGGUCGACAAUGAAGGCAGCAAAGAUGAUAAGAAGCCCGCUGCUGGAACACGCACUGGCGACGAUGCUCACGCCACAACCAUUGUCGUCGAUGGUACUCCGACUGUAUCGGUCUACUUCACAGUGACAGUGACAGAAAAGGACCAGGCUACCGUCACCGUCACCGAGAAGGAGAAGGAGACUGUGACGUUGGUGAUUAGCGCAUAG